AUGCCAUCUGAUACAUUGGAACAGGUUCUCACAAAAAUUGACCAACUCGCCCAACACUUUGUUACCGACAGGCUCGCGAAGGCGGUUGAAAUAAAAUCGGUUUCCUCUGAUUUAACUGACGAAGGGCGCAAAAAUGUUGGUCAGAUGACUGCUUUCCUCGUGGACCAACUUAGUGGUUUAGGGGCCAAUGUUGAGCGGUGUCCAUUAGGUAACCAACCGGACACCGACCCGGUUCUAGCGUUACCAGAUGUGGUACUUGCGAAGUACCCGGCCACGCCUGACCCCAAGAAGAGAACCAUUCUUAUCUAUGGCCAUUAUGAUGUCCAACCGGAAGGCGAAGGGUGGACGUAUCCUAGAAAACCUUGGAAGCUUACGGAGAUAGAUGGGAAGUUGUAUGGGCGCGGCUCAACUGAUGAUAAGGGACCACUGCUCGCCUGGCUCAACGCGCUUGAGGCGUACCAGAAGGCGGGAGUUGAUCUUCCCGUCAACCUCCUUUUCUGUUUUGAGGGAAUGGAGGAGUCGGGCUCUGUUGGCUUGCGGGAUUCGCUCAUCAAAAUCAGGAUCCACGAGCCGAUGACUGACCUUAUGAUCAUGCUGUCCAAGCUAGUUGACUCAAAGGGCAACAUCCUUGUCCCCGGAAUCAAUGGAUUGGUUGACGAUACUACAAGUGAAGAGAUCGAGAGAUAUAAAAAAAUCGACUUCUCUAUGGAAGAGUUCAAGAACACCAUAGGGAGUGAGGCAGCAAUCUACGACACGGCCCCGGAUACGCUCAUGCACCGCGGGAGGUACCCCUCAAUAACAAUCCACGGCAUCAGUGGUGCAGACUCUAGUCCUAAUCAAACAACAGCUAUCUAUCCUGAGGUCACCGGAAAGUUCUCUGUCCGAACAGUCCCAACCAUGGACGGUAGUGUGGUAACCGCCUUGGUGGUGCAUUUCCUUAAGCAGGAGUUCAACAAAUUGGGGAGUAAAAAUACAUGUGAAGUACGAGAAUUUGGGGAGUCUGCACCGUAUUGGGUCGGAAAUAUUGAUGAUCCAAAUUUCGCAGCGGGAAAGGCAGCGACUAAACGGGUGUAUAACACGGAUCCUGAUAUGACUCGCGAAGGUGGAAGUAUUGGUGUUACUUUGGAGCUCCAGAAAGCUUUGGGAACUAACAAGAGCAUUAUGUUGCUUCCAGUUGGCAGGUCCGAUGAUGGUGCUCAUGGGCCGGAUGAGAAGCUCGACAGGGACAAUUACAUCAAGGGAAGCAAAUUGUUAGGUGCUUACUGGUGGUACUUCGCCAAGCCUUAG